ACGAGGACAAAGAUGAUGAGGAUGGAGACGAGGACGAAUGACGAUGAUGAUGACGAAGGGGAUGAAGGUGAGGCCUCCACCCGCAGGGAGGAGCAGGCCGAGGAGGUGAAGAAGAAGAAGAAGGACGACGAGGAGGACACGAUCCCGCCCGAGAUCUGGGAGCUGCUCAAGGGCGUCACCAAGAAGAGCGAGUACGAGCGCAUCGCCUUCCAGUACGGCAUCACCGACCUGCGCGGCAUGCUCAAGCGCCUCAAGAAGAUCAAGGUGGAGCCCAAGAAGAGCGAAGCCUUCAUCCGGAAGCUGGACCCCUGA